CUGCUGCGUGACGUCAUUCAUCCUCUUGGGAUGAGUAGCUUCGAAAACAAAUCAACACUACUGCUACUGCUGUGUGUGUGCUCAUUGUGUAUUUUCAGUUUAAAUCACCAAAUAUGGACUCUUUAAGGGAACAAGUCAUGAUUAAUCAAUUCGUCCUUGCUGCGGGCUGUGCUAAGGAACAAGCAAAACAGUUGCUGCAGGCCGCACAUUGGCAAUUUGAGACGGCAUUGAGUAUAUUUUUUGAAGAAGCAACUGUGCCUCCCUGUUCUGCAAAUCCUGCAGCUCAUUUCGGACAGAUAUGUACACCCUGCAAUACUCCUGCUACCCCACCAAACUUUCCAGAUACACUCUUAGCAUUUUCUAGAAUGAAUGCUGGGGAAAAGCUUGGCUCCUCACCCUCAGGUGUGAAUUUCUCAACAUCCCCCAAGCAACAGCCCCCUCAGAUGCAGGCUCAGCCUAAUCAACCACAGGUCUUCAGAAGUCAGCAGGCCACUCACACAGGAGUUGGCAUUGAUCUUCAAAGAUAAGUCUCUGAUUCCCUGUGGCAGUGCACUGUGUUGGCUUGUCAGAAGCUUAACUCAUAGUUUAUUUUUAAUUUAAAUCAAUUUGUAUUACACUUCAAAAUUUAAACUACAUAAAAUCUGUAUCUAUCUUAACAUUAUUUAAGUAGUUUCCUCUCAAUAUUCAUCUUUUUCUUAGAUGUGUUCUGUCAAACCAAUUGCAAAGUAAUUAUAGUCUAUUGACAAGUUGUCCUCCUCCAAGACAGAGUGCAGUGCCCUCAGGGGAUUUGGGUGUGUAGAAAGUAGCAAAUAGAUUAUGAAGGAUGAUCACAUGGUAGGAGGGGAUGUGUAUUGUGUCAUUAAGCUUCUCAUGUUUUGGGUCUAAAUCUUUGACCUUAUUGCAUGUUGUCAACAUGUGUUGUCCUUCAUACUGUUAUAAACUAAGUAAAAUCAUAAAACUGUACAAAUAUACUUUUACUUAGUUGUGUUGACCCCCUUGUUGUAUAAAUAUAGUUAGGGUGAUUCUUCCAAAUGGAAUUAGGUGAAAUAAGGAGUAAGUCAUUCUUAUUCUGUCUGCUUGUGGUAAAAGUAGAGCUACUUAAGGUUUUUCUUAGAAAGGAAAGACUUCAAUGUAAGGUCCUCAUGGCUCCAACAAAAAUGUGCUACUCCAAAAACAUUAUUUUUAAAAAAGAAAGGAAAAAAAGACAAAAAUGUAAAACUAAUUGUGAAAGAUACAGAUCAUAUAUCCUUCCAUGUGAGAGCUUAGGUUUUCUUCUUUGUCAAAAACAAUCAUGAUUUUUAGCAUAUUGUAACCCAAUUUUUUUUCUGUUGUGGUUGUUAUUCCAAUAUGUGGGUGAAUAUUACAAAAUCAAAGAUUUGUAGCUUUAACACUCCUUAGUGAAUAUGUCUAAACCUGCUCUCUUUCUCUAUCUCUGAUGAAAAUCUGAACCGCACGAGACAUUUCAUCUAUCUUUUUAUAAUGGGGGAAAAUAUCUGACUAAUAGUUUUACCUUAUUUAUUAUAAAUUUUUUUCUCACCUUUCUGUUUUUCUGUGUCCACAAUAUUCUUUUACAAAACAAUAUUCAAGAAAGGAUAUUGUUAUUAGACUACUCUUAAAUGAUUCAUAUUCUAUUUUUCCUUUUGAUUCAAUGAAAAUUCCUGUGCUUGCACAGGUGGUUUAAUCAAAUUGGCCUUAGCUAAGACCACAAAGUUUUCAAGUGUUCCAAUCUUAUGUUUCUUUUUUAAGGAAUCAAGAGAGAGAAAGGGAGAGAGAAAGUAUGAGUGGAUUUGUGUGACCUGUAUUAACAUGUAAGCUACAUAUGACAAAAUGUAUGCUGUUUUACAGUGCAAUCCAUUUGUAUCUUGUUUUGUGAUAAACAUUUAUUUGAUGCAUUGAAUUGGAGAACAGAUCUAUUUGGUUAUAUUUUAUUGACCUACUCAGCUGUUGUUACUAGUUAUGUAUUAUUACUUUAUCAAUUUAAGACAGUGAAGUAAUUCUGUUAUUGAAAGGUGAGGAAAAUAUACCAAAUCUUCAAAUAGUUUCUGUAUUUGCCCUUAUCUGCAAACAUUUCAUAGAAUCCUAUAAAAAACAUUUUGUGAUGACAAUUGUGGCAGGGAAGUUCUAGAGGUACCCCCUUUAUCACUUUAAUACUUAUUUAAUUUUUAUUAAAAAAUACUCAGCUAAAUUUCAACAGAUUAUAAGUGCUGUUGAGCGAUAUUAUACUAUGUAUUCAGAUGAAAUUUAAGAAAUUUUUGUAACUUCCGCUCAUGUGUAAGCCAGAAGUGCCUAUUUGAUCUCAUGUAGUUUGUACCCCUAAUGAUCAGCAAAGGUGAGUGCAUUAUACUGAGAGACUAUAGUUCCUUGAUGAUCUACACAUAACUGCUGUAACUGAUGCAAGCAAUAUGCAUCACAUUUCGAUCAAUUCGUUUUUUGAUCUAACUUCCUUACCUCCUCCUCAUGUCUAGAGUAUCCACUGUAAGGGGCAGCAUAUAAAAGUAAGCCUGGUUUUCAAAUAGCAGUUAUGUGUUGGUCAAGGCACCAGGCUCUCUGUAUCCCCAAAAGCACCAAAACAUUGAAUAUGCUUCGAUGGGUGCAGAAAUGCAAACUAAAACUGAUGCGUAUAAUGCAAAACAUUUAAUGCCCAGUGUCACCAAUGUGUGACUUUAUACCUGCGUUUCUGUGCGCAUUUUAUGCAUUGGCGCUUCUGGCGACAAUGCACCAACCAUUGAUGUUCUUUGUUGGGUACUACUGAAGAGCAUGGCAGCAUCUGUGAUCAAACAGGCUCUUGUGGCUCACACAUAAACAAAAGUUAGAAAAGUUUUUUCUGAAAAUUUCAUUGGUAUAUCAUUGUGAUGCUUAAUCAUUUAUAAUAUUUCUGGAUAUUUCUGGUUGCCUCUAGGUGGGGCACCUCUAGUCCAUACCCAUUGUGGCAGUAGAGGGCUUUUCUAUACUCAACACUAAAAGUGUGUUGUUUCAUAUGGCUCCUUUUUACUCACAUUUAUGUCAGUCAGUCAGUUAUUUCUUAGGAGUUUGUAAUCCAUUCUCAUAAUGGGUAUUUUACAUUGGCUUGCCUACAGUUAACAGUUCAUCUUUAUACCCAAGAUUUUGGCUUGAUCUAAACAUUAGCUAUUUUGAUUGCUAAACUUUGAAUUUGACAAUUUUCUAUUCGUCCUUUUAAGUUUUACAGGCUGUGAAUUUUGUAUUUUUAUUUUCAACUGUUUUUGCUGUCUUUUCAUUAAGAUCAAAGUUGAGAUGAAACCAUACCAGCCACACUACUGUAACUCUAAUUUAUAAUCCAGGAUAUUUUCAUUGCGAGGUGUCCUGUCACCAAGUCUUCCUUAGCGAAUUUUAGGGAGGAAGUUUAUAAUACUUGCCUUAAACUUCUGUCUCGUUAUGGAUUUAAACUGUAUGCCAGCCAUAUCCGCCAUGUCACUGAUAAAUUUCAUAUUAACCAAGAAAUAAACUUUUGAUUGUGUCCAGA